AUGCUACAGCACUAUAUUGGUGUAGACGUUGGAACGGAGUCUGUAAGGGCAUGUGUUGUCGACGUUCAUGGGACUAUUCUUAGCUUGGCUAGUAAACCUAUUUCAAGACAAGAAAUUCAGCCAAAUUAUUUAACACAAUCUUCCAAUGAAAUAUGGAGAGCUAUUUGCUUUUGCAUCAGAAAGAUUAUAUGUGAUUCUCAAGUGGUAAAAGAUAGUAUCAUAGGAAUUGGAUUUGAUGCAACUUGUUCUCUUGUUGUCCUUGAAGAGGUUACAAAUAAAGGAGUCGCUGUAGGACCAAAUUUCGACGAUUUUGAGCAAGAUAUUAUUCUUUGGAUGGAUCAUCGCGCGAUUGAUGAGGUUAAUGAAAUAAAUAGCACGGGUCACAGGUGCUUAAAAUAUGUGGGGGGUAAGAUGAGCAUUGAAAUGCAAAUACCUAAGAUUAAGUGGUUAAAAAACAACCUACCUCAGGGGAAAUUCGACAAGUGUGAAUUUUAUGAUUUACCAGAUUUCUUGACCUACAGGGCAACCGGUAAUAAAUGCAGAAGUUUCUGUUCCACAGUUUGUAAGAUGGGUUUAUUGCCUUUAGGAGUCGAUGGAUCAACGAAGGGAUGGCCACAGGAUCUUUUCGAGGAUAUAGGUUUGGCAGAGCUAUGUAGGCGGGAAUUCAGCAAACUCGGCGGUGUAGUUUCAUCUACAGCCUCAAACUUUCUUAGCGCAGGCGAUUAUGUCGGACAUCUGAGUGAUGAAGCAGCAGCAGAUCUAGGAUUAACAACAAAAUGUAUUGUUGCUUCUGGUCUCAUUGAUGCGUACGCGGGAUGGGUUGGCACUAUUGCUGCUGGUAUAACUUUGGGAUCGGAUGGCCAGGAGAGUGAGCUGGCAAGCAGCAGAUUGGCGACGGUUGCAGGCACCUCUACCUGUCACAUAACUAUUUCAAAAUGUCCCCAUUUUAUGGAUGGAGUAUGGGGCCCGUACAGGGAUGCAUUGAUGCCUGGGUAUUGGGUUACUGAAGGUGGGCAAAGCUGUACCGGUGCCCUAUUGGCACAUGUUUUAAAAUCCCACCCUGCAUACGAUACACUAUGUAAAUUAGCGAAAAACCAAGGAAUCUCGAAAUUUGAUUUUAUUAACAACAGAUUGGAGGAGUUGAAAGAGGAACGAGGUGCACAAUCGGUUGCUGCCCUUGGAAAACACUUAUUCUUUUAUGGAGAUUAUCAUGGCAACAGGUCACCCAUUGCAGACCCUAAUAUGAGGGCAACUAUAAUUGGUCAAUCAAUGGACGUAUCUGUGGAUGAUUUAGCGAUAAUGACCUUGGGAGCUUGCGAAUUUAUUGCACAACAAACAAGGCAAAUUGUAGAACACAUAAAACAGUCAGGUCAUGAGAUCACCUCAAUUUACAUGUCCGGUGGCCAAUGUAGGAACCUUGUGCUAAUAAAGUUACUGGCCAACUGCACAAAACUACCAAUAGUGCUCCCAAAGUAUAUUGAUGCAGCUGUCGUAUUUGGUUCUGCAUUAUUAGGCGUGGCCGCGAGUGAGAAAUACCUCCAUGGAUGUUCUGACACGGCAUCUGUUAGUACUAUAGUUGAUCAGCAACGCAUUACUUCGGAACUUAAGCCGAAGCAAAGCAUAUUAUGGACUGUGAUGGCAAAUCUAACAGGCAUCGGGCAGAUUAUAGAGCCCUCUAAUAUGCUCGAUAGCGAAAUUAGGCUGCUCGAUCAGAAAUAUGAGAUUUUUUUGGAUAUGAUUGAAACUCAAAAACGCUAUCGAGAUCUAGUAACUAGGGCUGAGAACUCCGUUUAA